AUAAAGGAAAUAAAAUUUACUACCAAUGAUGGAAGAAAAAUAGAGUUUAGUUUGAAUGGAGAGAUAGAAAAUGGAUAUUAUGAUAUCCUCAAUUGGCACAAGGAUAACACUGGAGAAAUUGCCUUUGUCAAGGUUGGAGAAUAUAAAUUCACAAGAUCAAAAUAUGAACUUGUUCUUCCAAAGAACUCAUCAUUGUUUUGGAACACUGAAUCCUCAAGGCUUCCUGACUCAUUCUGCACAAAAGUGUGUCCUCCAGGGACCAGGAGGGGAUUUCUCCCAGGACAACCCCUAUGCUGCUUUGAUUGUAUCCCAUGUGAGGAUGGAUAUGUGUCAGAGAAACCAGGUCAAAGGCUAUGUAAUCCAUGCAGUGAAGAUGACUGGUCCAAUGCAGAGAAGAACAAGUGUGUGCCAAAGCUUGUGGAAUUCCUCGCUUAUGAGGAGGCUCUGGGAUUCACCUUAAUCAUUCUUUCCAUAUUUGGAGCACUUGUGGUCUUGGCAGUCACUGUUGUGUAUGUGAUCCACAGGCACACUCCAUUGGUGAAAGCCAAUGACCGGGAGCUGAGCUUCCUCAUUCAGAUGUCUCUGGUCAUCACUGUGCUGUCAACCAUUCUGUUUAUAGCUAAAGGCAAAUUCAAAGUGGCUGUGGAAAUCUUUGCUAUUUUGGCAUCCAGCUAUGGUUUGUUAGGCUGUCUAUUUCUUCCCAAGUGCUUCAUUAUCUUGCUGAGGCCAAAGAGGAACACUGAUGAAACUGUUGGUGGAAGAGUCCCCACUGUUGACAGGAGCAUCCAGCUGACCUCAGCUUCUGUGAACAGUGAGCUGAACAACACUUCAGUGUCCAGUGCUCUGGAUGAGUAG